AUUUUCUCAUUUCCGAGAGAAAAAUCCAAACGCUUUCAUUGAGAGAAGGACGACAGAGCAAACGAAACCCUAAAAUUCGAUUUCCGUUUUUUUUUUUUGGGAUUUUCAAAUGGGGGAUUUGGAGAAGCAAGAGAGAGUUGUGGCGGCUGAGGCGGCGGCGGCGGAGGAGGAGGAGACGGAGAGGCUGGUCCCCGGCGGAGGAAUGGCGGUGUUGGAUUUCGACAUGCUCUGCUCCACCGUCGCGUUACAGACUCAAGGCAAGUCCGCCGCCAAGUUUCAGAGCUUUGCCGGCGGAGAUGAAGAUGACGAGGCUGCGGAUUUGGGCGGCGUGUUCAGGAUGUGGGAGGGUGAAGUCCUCGAUUGCUUCGAAGAUCGCCGCGUCGCGCUUGAGUCGGCUUGCUGUCCUUGCUAUACGUUUGGGAAGAACAUGAAGCGAGCUGGUUUCGGUCCUUGCUUUCUACAGGGAUCUCUUCAAUUAAUUCUUGUUGCUAGCAUCCUUCUCAACUGCAUUGCGUUUGUUAUCACCAAGAAGCGCUGCUUUGUAUAUCUGGUGGUUGCUUUCACCGUUACACUAGGAACGUACCUGGGGUACUUCCGUACACAGAUAAGAAACAAAUUCAACAUAAGGGGCAAUGAUAGCUCCUUGGAUGAUUGCAUCUAUCACCUUGUCUGCCCAUGCUGCACGUUAUCUCAGGAAGCCAGAACAUUAGAGAUGAACAAUGUCCAAGAUGGCACCUGGCAUGGUAGGGGGGAUACAAUAUAUAUAGGUAGCCUUGGAGAAGGAGGAAAAUCUUUCUUUGAGCUCCAACCCCCUCCUCUUGUGUCAAUCAAGUCCACCGACCUCUACAACAAUGCCCAAAAAAGUACAGCUUCUAGUGCAUAUUCAUGAGUUAAACAUGCUGUGCAUGUACCCUCCAUUGAGAAAUUGACUACAGCUAUCUUUCAAAGUUGAAUAUACCCAUUUGGUUUCCUCCCCAGAAAGGGGAAUAAUCAACCACGGAGUCCAAACAGUUUACAUUCAGGAUUUGCUGUAGUUGUGAUUGGGAACUAUAGCGUGAGUUUGCUCCCCAACCUGGUUCUUGCUGAGUUUUCAGAAAUGGAAGGUGAUCUGUUCUAAGUUAUGUGAUGAGGAUAUCUAUGUAUUUGUACAUACACGUGUGGGGUGUUUUUGUUAGACCCCCGUUCUCUAGGUUUGUGUUGUUGUAGAACAUGUUAUGGUCAACACGGUACUGUAUCCUUUGUCAAUGAAAUCAAUGAGAUGUUAAAAAUUUCUUA